AUUCGGUUGUCGAUACGCGUGGUCGGUCGCCGUGCUUUUCAAUAAAAGUUUUUUUUUAAUUUAACGGCUUUUGAAAAGUCCAUACAGCCUAUAAGAUUAGUAACAGUCUUCAUUAAUAAUAAAAGAAUAUCGAGUGACAGUGAAAAUUUUUAAUUUUUUAAUUUUUUGAAUAUCGAGUGACAAUGAUUUUAGCGGCAAUUUUUCUUUUUAAUUUCGUGAACGCGGAGUACUUUUUGAACAGAGUUAACCACAUGGAGUUUUAUAAUAGGAACAGGACGCGGCCUUCGAAAGCCUUCAGUAGUUUCUCAACAAACUAUUUCAAUCAGAAUUCGGUUUCGAUGACGGGAAAAGGGGAAAAAGUACAAUGUGGCACGAGGAUUGUUGAUUUCAAUCCAAGGAGGACGGGCAAGAUUGUCGGUGGUACUGAGACGCCGUACGGAGCGUAUCCUUGGCAGGUGGAAAUCCAGAUGUUGGACGUGGACAAACUGACAUUCGAACACCACUGUGGUGGUGCUGUGAUCGCGGAGAGAUUAGUGCUGUCAGCUGCGCACUGCUUUGAUAAGCAACCUCUGCAGUUGGAUCACUUGCGUCUGGUGGUUGGCGAGCAUAAACUGAAGGUUCAGGAUAAACACGAGGCCAGGUUCCACGCGGAGAAGGUGGUGCCUCAUCCUGACUUCAGGAAGAACGGCCCCCACAGUAACGACAUAGCGCUAGUGGUCGUCUCCCGGUCGGGGCAGGGUGUGCAGUUCAAUUCCCACGUGAGGCCGAUCUGUUUACCCGACACCGCCGAUAGUGCGGGUAAAUGGUGCUCAGUGAGCGGUUGGGGGUAUCAGGCAGAGGGUACAGAAUCUUUCGCACCGAUCUUGAGAGCUGCCUCUGUACCAGUUCUGGACUUGGGCACUUGUAGGAAGGACCAGGUUUUGGGGGGAAGGCAGCAAGCUAUAUUAGACUCUAUGUUGUGUGCAGGAGUGUUAUCCGGGGGCGUAGAUGCCUGCAGAGGUGAUUCAGGAGGUCCUCUAGCUUGUAAAUCUACUAACAAAUGGCAACUUCACGGUGUUGUGUCCUGGGGAUCGGGGUGUGCACGACGAGCGAGGCCAGGAGUCUACACUAGAGUAGCUUCUUAUGUACCCUGGAUCAAAGCCACCGCUAAAGCUUUAGGACACAAAAUAUCUACAUAGUUCUUUUGUUUUGUAGGAAAUAGUGAGUACAAGUCAGACUCACAGUGAGUCUGAAAAAAAAAGUGAGUGAUAUCAAUAUCAAUCAUCAGCCUAUUAGAGAACCCUCUGCUGGGGCACAGACCUACCCUAUGGAUGUAAUGGGGAUUGGGACGUGACCCACCAGGCAGGCCCAGUGGGUAUUGGUGGGUUCUAACGACUGCAGAUGCAGCGGGGAUCAAUGGCGUAACGUGCUCGAGAUAGUAAAUUUUUGGUCAGCCAUCCAAUUACCGACCACAGCGAAAGUUGCUUAACUUCAACGAUCG